AUGGUUGCCUCAAGACGUAUAAGAAAGAAAGAUUUGAGUAGCUCGUCUCCAGUUGCUCCAAAGCAUAAAAAGUUUGAUGAUGAUGAGUUCCAUACAGCUGAUGAAGGUUCAGAUCAAGAAGAACAAGAACAACCAGUAGAGGAUGAAGAAAGUGAAGAAGAAAGUGAUAGUGAUGAUGAUGCUCCAGAAGAAGAAGCUGUAAGCACGGGGAAAGCUCUUUAUGAAGAAGAUGAAGCUGAUCAAAGAGAAAUAUUGGAAAAUGAAUCAUUAAAAUUAAAACAAAAAAGAAUUGAACAACAAGAACGUUUUAAACAACAACAAGAAUUGAAAAAAUUAAAAUUAGAGAAAUUACAACAACAAGACUUAUUACAACAACAAAAAGAUGCCAAAAUUGCUAAAGAACGUGAGAUUAAAAAUUUAAACAAGAAAUAUGAAGAAGAUUUAAUUCAACAAGAAUUAACAAAACAAUUACAAAAAACUACACAAUUACAAAAACUAAGGAAAUUUAAAGAUGAAAAAUUGAAAACAAGAAAAGUUGCAGGUGGUAUUCGUGUUAAAGUUCUUGAUGGUGGUUCAAAAAAUGUUAAAAAUUCAAUUAAUCGUGAUUCUUUAUUGAAUAAACGUAAGAAAAGAUUGAAUAAAAGGGUAUGA